AUGCAAACUACACACACUUCCGCAACACCCACCCGCAUCAAUCUCGGGCCUCUGACAACAACCUUUAGUCCGCCAAGCGACUGUGCAUCACUGCGAUUCAUUACUGAAAAUGAAGUAUUUAUGGGUGCAUCCUUAGGCUAUGGAUGCUACGACGUUCAGACGCAAUGGGUGCCAUGCUCGGAAACUUCAUUAGAUCUGGGGUUUGGCUGCAGUACUGUAAUUGGUGAUGUUAUAUCAUGGAUGCCAUGUUCUUCUGCACGGACGACUUCUGAUAGGAAUCAUGACUGCACGGUUCACCAAAACCUAACUGCUCGCCAUGAUUUCUCCUUGAUUCAGUCAUGCUAUCCUUCAGGAUUCGCUUCCUCCUUUGGCCGAACGGAUGAUAACAUUAGCAAAUGGACUUCUCAGCCUUUGGUCUACUCUCCUGGAUUGGCUUGCCCUUCUGGAUAUUUGCCUCAGUGUACCGUAGAGCGCGGUGAAGGCCUCUCUCAUCCAGUUACGACAAAUACAAUGGCGCCUACAGACAAUGCGAUAUGGAGCAUGCUAAAUGACGGUGAAAUUGCUAUAGGCUGUUGUCCAUCGAACUACGCCUGUGAUUCCAAUUCUCCCCACAUUUGUACUUCACAACCUCACGCAGGCGAUAUUAUUGCGAUAACAGACGGCAUAUCCUGUGGUGGCGGAGCAGAAACAACAAAAUCGAUCCCCUCAACCGCCUUAACCGCCCAAGCGAUGAAAAUACUCUUGAUACAGUCCAACACUCCAACAUCAACUUCUCCCACUCGAGAGACUCAGCUUCCUAGUGAAAGAUUUAGCAAAGGAGCGAAAAUCGCAGUCGGAGUAGUCGUUCCUGUAGUGGUUUUCUUGAUAGGCGUGGCGCUCGUCUACUUUUUGCGGCGAAAGAAACUACAGUCGACACCAGAUCAGGAAGUUUCAGCUGGAGGAGAUGGUUCGGAUACGGCACUGAAGGCAGAGCUGCAGGGCAGCACUGGUAUCGCUACUCAUGGACCAAAAGGUGCCACAUUUGAGAAACCUGAACUUGGUGCAACCGAAACAAUAGCGGAAUUAUCUGCAGGAAGUCCGAUACAAGAACUGCAUAGCAACAGCUCUGUAGCAAAUUUGCACGGUCCCAUUGUAUCAGGUCCUGAACUCCAAUUGCCAAUUGGAGAUGUUGCUGCUGGGGAAACUAAGCAACAAUUAGCCAAACAUUCAUCGAAGCAAGAUCCUGAAAUCACAGCCACAGGGUUGUGGGACUGGAGCAACUUCAAUACCCUUGGGGAACCUGAUGAAUCGGUGAGAACCUCAAUUACAGGGACGCGCAAAUAGGAAUUCGCCAAGAUGCAAUUGAUGACACGAACUAUGCCAUGUUGCAACUACACACGCAUCAUAAUACGAUAUCCGGCCUACAUGCAUGUCAGAGAAUAAUUGAGCAGUCUCUAUGCAGAGUUGAACAGGGGAAACAGGUAGAAGGCAUUUGUGCGCGUGAAGUAUUUGUACUGUAUGAUAACGGCACACAAAUCAAUACACUAAUACUCACCAUCAUCUUUU